AGCGAGUUUCGGUUCUAGUCGGUCAUUCAAGGUAGUAAGUUCACAGAUUCCCUCUGGCAGGUUCCAUCACCACACCUGCACAAAACAUUCGACUUGCACUCGAGAAUCACGUCGGUUGUGUCCGUGCGUCGUUUGUCUUUCACCUGUACGACGAUAAACAAAUCUAGUGGCCUACCUGUUUUCACAACGCUAACUGCGCUGUUAUACGAACCCGAACGAAGUGUAUGUGUGUUUCUUCUUUCGAAUUAUUCGUUUAUUUUUGAAAAAUAUAUCUCGCAUUCCCAUCUUUAUGUGCGCGUAUUAUUAGAUAGGAAAUCUAUGCACGUUCACGUAUGAAGAAGAAUAUCUAAAAAAUGCUCAGAAUUUGUUUAUUAGAAAACUGAACUUAGAAAAAAAUGGAAGUGCAAUAUCAGUGGACAGUUCUUUCGGUGCUAUUUUUCGGUGUAGUGAAUGCGCAAGAAGAAACUGUCUGUUAUGGACCUGGUUCCAUAGCGGCUUCGGUUGUUUUAACAUUUUUGUUGACAUUGUUCGUAUUGUGGGCCGUUUACUUUUGGAGGAAAAGGCGAAAAUCAAAAACCGAUCACCUUAUUUUGGAAACGGACCCAGAAAAAGGAAAAGGGGAAUACGCGUUUGAUAAUCCUGGUUUUAAAGAUGCUAGUUAUUUAACAAACAAAUCACUUGAAGCUCAAGAAGAAAAAAACAAAUCAAAAUGGAACCAAUGGUCUCCUCUUUCUGUUUUGAACGUGAAGGAAAAAUCGGAGAAAAAGAAAACUCUGGACGAUUCUGCUUUAAGUGAAAAGGAAAUCAAAGUUAUAUCUUUGAGAAGUGAGGAUUUUACAGGACUUGGUUUCAAUAUAUGUGGCAAUAUGAGGGAAGGAAUUUAUAUAAAAGAUGUAUUACAUCGAGGACCUGCUUUCGAUUCUGGGAAAUUAAAUUCAGGCGAUCGUAUUAAUAGUGUGACCAUUAAUUUUGAACAUAUGGUAUACGAAGAUGCAUUGGCGAUAUUAAGUUAUGCCAGUCCCUAUGAAGUUGUGAUCGAAGCAAAAGGUGGGAAGCUAAUUCAUAAUAUACCAGGUCAAGGAGGACAGCCUGGGCAUCCUUUAUAUAAAAGCUCAUCACAUUUGGAUCUAUAUAAUGUGGAUAAAAGUAGCAAAAAGAAAAUCAACGAUAGCGGUUCACUGGAUUCGAACUAUUCAAGUUUGAAAAAGUCCAUAAGUAACAUGACAACGCUGGAAAGAAAAGAGUCCCAUUCCCCAAACAUAAAUCUACCAACUAAGAAACAAAUAAAUAACUUAAAUCCUGAACAUCUUAAAGUCCAACUGGAGCAACGAAUGGAAAUGAAAGAUCCCAUAGAACAAGAAACCCAGAAAACAGAAGCGAAAUUUCCCAAAUUUGGUAUAAGAGUUUUACCAAAUGAACGUCAAAUAAGUCCAAAAAGCGUCGAGCAAAACGAAAACAAUAUUAACAUAGAAAAAAAUUUAGAAUGUAAACCGAUGAGUAUAGAUGAAGUUGAUAACACUAAACAACCGCCACCAGUUAAGAAACGAGAGAAAAAAAUAGAAAGAAAUGAAAAUUUCGAGAGGAACAGUAUGAAUAAUUCUGGAAUAAGAAGAGAUAAAGAAGGAAUACCUUUAGAGCUUCCAGAACACAUGUUAAAUGCAGCUAGCGCUGCCAUGAACAAUAGAAAAUCAAUAAAUAGAGAAUUAUUCAAUGAAAACGAUCAAAGGAAGAAAAAAGGUAAAGCGCCUUUAGUACCAGAAGACAUAAAAGUAACAAAUUAUGAUGACAUACAACCUGCCACAGAUGAUGAUAAUUUAAAAGAUGUCGACAUUGAAGAAGCAAAUACAAGUCCAUCAAUUUCAAAUAAAGAAACUAAAUGUUACAACUCCGAUUCCGACGCAGAAACAGAUAACAAUUCUUCCGUAAACACAAUAGAACUAAACUCCAGUGAUAUUACAAUUCAUCAAACGGAAGAAGAAGAAAAACUGAAAAAUAGAAAAACCGCUAGUACUGGCGAUUUAAGUAAAAUCAAACAUUCUAAAUGUUCUAAUAAUACCGGUACAUUAGAAAGAGCUCAAAGUCUUGACAUAACCGAUUCUACUGUACCUAUUAGAAACAGAAUAUCUGAAGAUUUGAUGAAAUCGGACGAAGAUCUUUUUAGAAGCGAAAUACUUAGUAGAGAACCUCGUUUAUCGUUAAUUCUAGAUGGUCUGAAUACUUUCCAGAGAAAUAGAUUAAAAAAAUCUACAGAAUGGGGAAAUCUCGAAGAUGCAAUUUUGAAAUUAGAUCAAGAAGAUGAAAAAUUCCAAAACAGUUUCAACGAUACAGAAAAUAGCGAAUACCAUGCAGUUGUUAAUAAAAUAAAUGAAAUAAAAAGAGAAUCUGAAACCCCGAAUAAUUUAAAACAAAUAAAGAAUGAAAUAUGGCCAGAUAAUGGUGGAUUCAAAGAAAAUACUAACAAUAUAAUUACCAUAGAGACUAUGACAGAUGACAUAGCGGAAAAUAAAGAUGCAGAAACGGAAAGCAGUACUUAUGAUCAACCUCUACAAAAAAAUAUUGCAAUAAAUAACAGAAUCUAUGAACCAUUCGAAUCUACAACCAACAAACUAAAUGAUAUUCUUAAUAAUACCGCAAUACCGGAAUUGAAUAAACGACAAAGGUUACCAGAUGUUUCCGCCACACCCCCCGAUCCAAUUUCCGACGUAAUAGAUGAAUGGGAUAGUUCAUUUCCCGAUAAUAUCACAAACACUUCACCUCCUCAUUCUCUCGAAACCGAGGAUAUCACACCGUUGAAAUAUUCACCAGUACCGAAACCAGAAGAAGUUCUAUCGAAAAUUCCACUUCUGAAUUCGAUGGUGAAAAAUCAAAAAGAGGAGGCGUUGAAACAAUCUGUGUUGAAUUCGAACAUCACCGACGAAACUAAAACCGUUGUGAGUUUGAAUGCUUUACCAGUGGAAUCUAACCUAAAAGAAGUUACUCGUAAUUUUUUGUAUACAGAACAACUUAAUAAUGAAGGAGAGAACAUCUACUGUCCUAAAGCGGACGAUGUUAACGUUUCAGAUGAUAUUAAAGUUUCAAGACAUUCUUACGAAAGUUUGGAAAGACAGAGUCCAAAAUAUGAUAAUAAACCAACGGAUGCCAUAAGACAUGUUAGUAAUAUUAAUGUUACCAACAGUGCUAAUGGUGAUUCAGAAUUGCAUAGUUUGGAACUAAGUAUUAAUGAAUCUCAAGAUAUGUAUACCACUGCUGUGGAUUAUAAUGAUAGUAAAGUAAUAUUAAAUACUCCAGAUCUAAUUAAAAACGUAACUUUAACUGAAGCUAUCAAUACUUUAAAUGAUGAGGUAACUUUCACAAAUAAUAAUCCAUCAAGUCCUUCACAUUAUGCUGAUUCUGUUAGUGACGAUGGUAAAAAUCAAAAUGCAUCUCAUACUUAUGUCACGGAAAUUAAAGUAACACCAAAUAAUUAUAAGAAAGGUAAUGUAUCGGAAAUAGAAAUAACAUCCGAUGAACCCGAUGAAUCCGUUGAGGAAACUCGAAAUUUAGAUAAGGAAUUCGAAAAUUAUGUAAAAAAUUUCGAAGCUAAAUUGGAACAUUUUGAAAGUAACAUCCACCAAUUUGAUAGUAACAUCCACCAAUUUGAUAGUAACCUCCAAGAGUUUAUAAAAGAAGAACCAGUGGAUGUUAAAUUAGAAGAAAAAGUAGAUGAAAAUGAAUUACAAAAAAUACGAAAAAUAGCUGAACAGCAACUUAAAAAAUUACCAGAAAUGAAAUUCACGACAUCCAGUUACGAGCCGUCUAAAAUACCAGAAAAACGACAGUCACAAGUCGAACUACUGAAAUCCAACUUUGAAAAAUCUUCAGCGAAACCUCCCAAACCCGAACUUCCAUCCAAAUCUCGUAUACCGAUAGCGACAACAAAAACUCCUCCAACUUCUCCGGAACGACGAGAUUCCAGAAAUCUCGAAAAUGAAAAUGAUAAAGCCAUUUUAGAAUUAAUGUCGUCUUCUAUAACUUCAACUCCAUUCGCAACAAAAAUCAAACCACCCAAUAAAAACGUCACUGUAACAUCUAUAAGAACCAGUUCGAAAAUACCUUCCGGUUUACCUACUUUGGGAGGUACCAGGACGCCCAGAAAAAUAGAGCUAAAUGAUGAAAAUGUCGUACAAGUGUCGACUAACGGGAAUGUCGAAAGCAGCUUUAAGCAAUGGGUGUUUAAUCCGUCCAAUGUAACUAAUGUUACGGUUACUCAAAAUAAAGAUGACAGAAAGUGAUAUUCACUUUCAAUAUUUAGUUUUAUUCCAUACAUUCAGUACAUUGGAGUGGAAGUGAUUGUUAAUUAUAUGUCUGCUUAAACAAUAUUUCAUAAUAGUUACAGGUGAUUCCAUCUCCUUCCAUAUAUUAUAUAAGUACCAAAUUCCUUAAAAUCUGUUCUUCUGUUUCUCACCUCUUCUGGGCAUUUAAGCUGGGUUUACACUAUAUAGCUAUACAGCUCUACUAUAAAUAAAUUUGAUGCCAUUCUGUGUAGUAGAGCCACAUAUAGCUUGGGAGAAACCGGAGUCUUCAGUUUCCAACCAGAUGCAGGAGAAGAAGGUAGUUCUUGCAGCAGCCGCAUCUACUGUAAUAUUUUCAACACCACUGGCACUACGGAGAGAGCCUUGGCUUCGUCCACCACAUUCCUCCAGUUAUCAUGGUCCAACGCUCGGCGUCUACACUCCCUCAUACCUAGCUCCCGAAGAUCCUCUUCGACAUCAAAAUUUGCUAUAUAGCCGUGCUACAUAGUGUAAACCUUGCUUAACUCUGUACACUUUUAAUUAGUCUCCCCUUUUUUUAACAAGGAUGAUGGAUUUUUUUCUUCAUAUGUCUCCCUUCUUCAUAAGGGUCCUAAUUUCAUAGUUUAUUAGUGCUUGGUAUUUGUUUUCUUGUAUCUUUUUGGGCUCCAACAUUUUUAUUUUUUUCAUUCCCAUAUUUCUGUGUAAGUUAUUACUACUGGUGUCAUUAUUGUGUUGUAACUUUUUUUCUUUUUUUUGCUAAUGUUUCUAUCUUUUAGUAAAGUUUAGUAGUUUCAGUAUAUUUAUUAUCCUUUCUUAUUUCCACUGUCCACCAACAAUUUUUUUUAUUUUUACCCCUUAUUCAAUAAUUAGUAUUUAUUUAAUCAUGUUUAGUUUUUUUAUAUGCUUCUUUGCUUAGUUCUUUUAGGAUUUUUCUGGAGUUCCCUAUUCACAAUUUUUCUUAGUAUCGAUUAAUAGAAUUACAUUAUUCAGAAAAAUAUGUUUUUAAAAACAAGACAAUACCAUAAUUAAUUGAUAAUAUAUAAUUAUGAAUAUAUUUCAAAAAAAUAUGGAAAUAAAGAUUGUUUAAAAACAAAGGAAUAAGAAAUAUGUGAAGAGCUGAGAAAAAACCAUCAAACGACAAUUUAUUGAACGAUAAAAAAUUAUUAUAGUUCUUCCAAUAUCAAUUGCAGAUUAUAAAAACUUAAUAAAAACCCUUGCCGACAAUUUUGUUUCAUCUCCCAUAGGCGUAGAUAGCUCAUUUUCUAAAUUUUUUAUUUUUAUUUAUUUUCAUAAAUACUUUAAAAAAAUAUGUAUAUUUUAUGAUAUCAUUAGUAUUAAUGAGAUAAAAUGAAAAUCUAAAUAAAGUUUUGAUUUAUUUAGUGUUGAGUUUAUUUGGUAAUAUUUAGUAAAUUGUCAAUGAAACCAUCAAAUAAAAACAAGAAAAUAGUAGAUAGUUUAUAUAGACUAACAUUUUAAUCUGUUUUAACCUAUUACAAUCAUUUUUAAAUAAUUUUAAGAACUUUUAAAUCUUCUUGCUCUAGUAUCUUAUGUACAGUAAAAUGAAAACUUCCACUUCAAUGUCGUAGAUAUAUUUUCAAAGAAAAAAGUUUAAUGCUCAAUUAAGAUUACCUAACUUUUCAUUUAAUAUCUUUAGGCGAUUUUAAUUAUACUAAUAUUAAAAAAAAUGUUGGAUAUUUUGUACAUACAUUUAGUAAAUAUAUAUUUUUUAUAAAGUUAUUGUUGAACUUUCUACAAAUUUUAAAGGUGGAUAUUGUAUUGUAAAUAUUUUUUUAAGCCAACAAAUAUAAUUUUAUCUAUA